AUGUCAAACUUUGAGCCAAGAAUCGACUUUGAAGAAUCGUGGAAUUAUGUGGAGAAACGCAUCAAGAAGGUGCUGGACAAUCUAGAAUGCUUGCCUAAUACUCACUUAAGUUCUGAGGAUAACAUAAUGAUAUACACAGACAUCUACAAUAUGGGUUUUAUGCAUAACUCCUUUGUAUAUGAUAAGUACAAAGAAGUGAUUUAUGACUACAUCAUAUCAACUGUUUUGCCAUCUUUGGAAGGAAAGAAAGAUGAAGUCUUGUUAAGAGAAUUGCUGAGAAGAUGGUCAAAUCAUAAAACUAUGACCAAUUGCCUCUCCAAGUUUUUUCUGCAUCUUGAAUUAAAAUAUAUCCCACGUACAAUUCUUCCUUCUCUCCAAGAAACUAGCUUCUUAUCCUUCUAUAACUUGGUAUACGAUAGAUUGCAUACACAAGUAAUGGAUGCAAUAUUAGCAAUGAUUGAUAGGAAACUAGUGGGAGAUGCUAUUGAUGGAACAUUGGUCAAUAACAUAUUGGUGUUCUAUUCAGAGAUUGGAGAAAAGACAAGAAAAGAAGAACCAAAACAAUUUGCAGAAACAAUGAUGAUGAAAGCUAAUGAAACAUUCUACAUGCAUGUCGAAGCUUCGGAUUAG